CGGGGCCGCGGCGGUCGGAGCAGGCGAGUGCGCGGGGCGGGCGGCGCGGGGGGCUCGGGGGGCGCCGCCGCCCCGCCGGCCCGGCGCUGCCGGGUCCUCCCCGAGUGUUGCGGGCAGCCUCGGGGCGGGACGGUGCGAGCCCCGGUUAGACGUUAGCCGCAGUUUUUGUGAGCAUAUGGUGCCUCUCCGAGGAGACCGCCGGGGCCACCACCGAGCACGCUGGCAGAGCUCGUGGCCUUCAGGGGAGUGUGUGCCCGUGUAGGGAUAAAUGCCGGUGUAACUCUGGUCGUCUCGCCGACAGGUACCGGUGACCCCGGCCGGGAAGGUCCUGAGCGCUCGGCAACAUGGCUUCCCCGCCCCACCAGCAGCUGCUGCAGCACCACAGCACGGAGGUGAGCUGUGACUCCAGCGGAGACAGCAACAGCGUGAGGGUCAAAAUCAACCCCAAGCAGCUGUCCUCCAACAGCCACCCCAAGCACUGCAAGUACAGCAUCUCCUCCAGCUGUAGCAGCUCUGGGGACUCGGCGGGCGUCCCCCGGAGAGUGGGCGCUGGAGGCCGCCUGCGCAGGCAGAAGAAGCUGCCCCAGCUGUUCGAGAGGGCCUCCAGCCGGUGGUGGGACCCCAAGUUCGACUCGGUGAACCUGGAGGAGGCUUGCAUGGAGCGCUGCUUCCCGCAGACCCGGCGCCGCUUCCGGUAUGCGCUCUUCUACAUCGGCUUCGCCUGCCUUCUGUGGAGCAUCUAUUUUGGGGUCCACAUGCGGUCCCGCCUGAUUGUCAUGGUAGCCCCUGCUCUGUGCUUCCUCGUCGUGUGUGGGGGCUUUUUUCUGUUUACCUUCACCAAGGUGUAUGCCCGGCAUUACGUGUGGACCUCUCUGGUUCUCACCCUCCUGGUGUUUGCCCUGACCCUGGCUGCCCAGUUUCAGGUUCUGACGCCUCUCUCAGGACGUGUUGACAGCUCCAAUCACACCCUCGCCACCAAGCCCACGGACACUUGUUUGUCUCAAGUGGGGAGCUUUUCCAUGUGCAUCGAAGUGCUCUUUUUGCUCUACACCGUCAUGCACUUACCUUUGUACUUGAGCUUGUGUUUGGGAGUGGCCUAUUCUGUUCUCUUUGAGACCUUUGGCUAUCACUUCCGAGACAAAGACUGCUUUCCCCCACCCGAAGCAGGGGCCCCACACUGGGAGCUGCUGAGCAGAGCCCUGCUCCACGUCUGCAUUCACGCCAUUGGGAUCCACCUCUUCAUCAUGUCCCAGGUGAGAUCCAGGAGCACCUUUCUCAAGGUGGGACAGUCAAUUAUGCACGGAAAGGAUCUGGAAGUGGAAAAAGCCCUGAAAGAGAGGAUGAUUCAUUCUGUGAUGCCAAGAAUCAUAGCUGAUGACUUGAUGAAACAGGGGGAUGAGGAGAGCGAGAAUUCUGUCAAAAGGCACGCCACCUCCAGCCCCAAGAACAGGAAGAAAAAGUCUUCCAUACAGAAAGCCCCUAUAGCGUUCCGCCCUUUUAAAAUGCAGCAGAUCGAUGAAGUCAGUAUUUUAUUUGCAGAUAUCGUGGGCUUCACCAAGAUGAGUGCCAAUAAGUCCGCUCACGCCCUGGUGGGUCUCCUCAACGAUCUGUUCGGUCGCUUUGACCGGUUGUGUGAAGAGACCAAGUGUGAGAAAAUCAGCACCCUGGGAGACUGCUACUAUUGCGUGGCAGGGUGUCCAGAGCCCCGGGCUGACCAUGCCUACUGCUGCAUUGAGAUGGGCUUGGGCAUGAUCAGAGCCAUCGAGCAGUUCUGCCAGGAGAAGAAAGAGAUGGUGAACAUGCGUGUCGGGGUUCACACGGGGACCGUCUUGUGUGGCAUUUUGGGCAUGAGGAGGUUCAAAUUCGAUGUGUGGUCCAAUGAUGUGAACUUGGCCAAUCUCAUGGAGCAGCUGGGAGUUGCUGGCAAGGUUCACAUUUCUGAGGCCACUGCAAAAUACCUAGAUGAUCGGUACGAAAUGGAAGACGGGAGGGUGACUGAACGGCUCGGCCAGAGCGUUGUUGCUGAUCAGCUGAAAGGUUUGAAGACAUACCUGAUAGCGGGUCAGAGAGCGAAGGAGUCUCGUUGCAGCUGUUCAGAGGCCUUGCUUUCUGGCUAUGAGGUCAUUGACGGCUCACGGGUGUCCUCAGGCCCUAGGGGACAGGGGACAGCAUCGCCAGGGAGUGUCAGUGACUUGGCGCAGACUGUCAAAACCUUUGAUAACCUUAAGGUUAGUUUUUUUUUUUUUUUCCUACUUCUUAAACUUUGUAUUAAUUCUGCAGUAGCACAUGUGAAAUGA